CAAAGUAAUCAUAGUGGGACUUGAUAAUGCUGGAAAGACUACUAUUCUUUACCAGUUCUUAAUGAAUGAAGUGGUUCAUACUUCUCCAACCAUAGGAAGCAAUGUAGAAGAAAUAGUGGUGAAAAACACUCAUUUCUUAAUGUGGGAUAUUGGAGGACAAGAAUCAUUACGGUCAUCGUGGAAUACCUAUUAUUCAAACACAGAGUUCAUCAUUCUUGUUGUUGACAGCAUUGAUAGAGAGCGACUUUCUAUAACAAAAGAAGAACUUUAUAGAAUGCUGGCUCAUGAGGAUUUACGGAAGGCUGCAGUUCUGAUCUUUGCAAACAAGCAGGACAUGAAAGGUUGCAUGACAGCUGCCGAGAUCUCUACAUACCUCACCCUCAGCUCCAUAAAGGAUCACCCAUGGCACAUUCAGUCCUGUUGUGCUUUGACAGGAGAAGGAUUAUGUCAAGGCUUGGAGUGGAUGACCUCCCGUAUUGGAGUGAGAUAGCUUCCCCCCCCCCCUACUCCAAAAGAAGAGACUUCUAUUUAUCCUGUCAACAUGUACAUUUUUCUGUACUUCUAGCUGCUGAGGCAGUGACCAUGUUUAAUUUAUAUCAGCCAACCCCCAAGCUGUACUUGAAUCAAGUGCAGUCGAACUAAAACACAAAGUAUUUUCUUAACUUUUUUUAAUACACUAAUCUUAACUGGAUGAACAUAUGUGAAUCUGUUUUUAAGCAUUGAAAUUCCUCUGAAUAUGUAUUCUAACUUUUUCAAUGAUAGCUUUUUAAAAUCUGUGUUGUCAUUGUCAAUAUUUCAUAUUUCCUCUUUAUAAAUAGUUUAUAUAACUUACAUAAAUAAGCGCAGUUUGUUUAACAAUGAAAAGUAGUGAGUAGGUUGAUUUUACGCUGGCGUAGCUUUA